AUGUCCCGGCCUGCAGCAAGUGUGGUUACAGUCAUGGCCUGCUCUACCUAUCUGCUGUCAUUUAGGCGGCUGGGCGUUAUCCCAGGUUCUGAGGGUUUAACCGGGAGGGCCUACUCAUUGCCUUGCGUUGCCAGGGCCGCUGAAUCUUAUCCUUAGUGACAGUUGGGAGGCUUUAAUCUGAAGGUAAUCUUAGCUCUGUGGGGUCACAGUCUCAAUCUGAUGGCUCACUACGCAGGGGGCCGUGGCUUAGUGUGGUAUACGUGCCUGUAGCUUCCUGAUCUGUCCUCUCCAACUUAACUAUAUAUACUGUAGGCCGCACAUACAACACAUCCGCCCUUCUAUGAUGCAGUGACAUAGUUCAGGAGACAGGGGUCAGACCUCAGAUGUGCAUUUAACACGGACUUUGUUGAGAAUAUGAAGAUGAGAAUAUGACAGAAAUAGCAUUGACUCAUUCCCAGUCCAUUCUUUUCAACUACUGUACUGUUAAGGUUGCCAACUCAGACCGAGCUCAUUCCAGGAAAUUAAAUAGGGCUUUCAACAUUGUUUACAAUUGAAAGAAAGUGUACCCAAACGCAAUUGUUUACAAUUGUUUAGGUACCUAUUUAUUUAAUCUCCCAGAAUAGCUUCAGAGCUUGCCAGGAGGUACAGGUUGAUUACAGAAUAGUUCAGGCCAAGCCAGGUGGGUUGGCAACCCUAUGGCUACAGUUGUUGUUGCCCUGAAUACAUUGUUUACUGGGGACACCCUGUGGAUUUAAAGAGAAAUGCAGCUUUUACAGAGAUUUCUUUUAGAUGUCCUUCAAAGAGUAAUAUGCUGAUUCAAUAAAUUAGGUGUCUUCACAUUUGUGUGUCUUAACUGACUUCACAAGUAUAUUUCAAGUAUUUUAUUUUAGUAGUCAUUUCAUUUUAAGACCCAGCUCCUCACAGCUUACUUUUGACUUCCUUUCCCAAAUCUGUUUUCCUUCCAGGUGAGCAGGUGGCAGUGUUCCGGGGCACAGAGGGCAAAGCCUACGUGGUGGAUGCCUACUGCCCCCACUUGGGAGCCAACCUGGCAGUGGGGGGGCGUGUGGUGGGGCAGAGCAUAGAAUGCCCGUUCCACGGCUGGCAGUUUCGGGGGGAAGAUGGGAAGUGUGUGAGGAUCCCCUAUGCAGAGAAAGGUGAGAAGCCACGACCAACUCAAUGUAAUGUAAUUUAAUCAUGUUUAUAAUGUAUCCAGCUAAAAUAAUGUGGGAUUCUACUUCUGUCAACUAUGCAAUCUUUCGUGACAGCCUUAACAUUAGUAGCUGAUUUGGUUCUGGGCGCCGAGAUUGUAAACAGUGUAAUGUCUUACAUUUGAAAAACAGAUUGAUUUGUAAUUUAGAGCAAUAUAAUGAUUUUGUGUAUUUUCCCUCUGUGGAUCCUUAGUGCCAGAAUUUGCUAAGGUGCGCUGCUGGCGCAGUAUGGAGACCAAUGGUCAGGUUCUGGUGUGGUUCCACUGUGACGGAGAGGAACCUGGCUGGACAGUACCAGAGCAGGGGGAGAUCACACGAGGGGAAUGGGUCUAUCGGGGACGCACUGAGCACUUCAUCAACGCACACAUAGAGGUUUGUUGUCUGUUGUAGAUGUGCGCUUGGGUGUGUGUGUGAUAAAGUAAUAGUCUUAAUGUGACACUUGUUUUGUAUAUAUUUUUUUGUUUUACCAUAUGAUUACUUUAGGUAUGUGUUCUUUUGUAAAUCCUUAAGACUUUGCCUUAUAAAGUGAAAGCCAACUGUGCAUUUUCCUCUCUGUGACUGCCCCUUGUAGGAGAUCCCUGAGAAUGCAGCAGAUAUUGCCCACCUGGCCCACUUGCACACACCAGGCAUUGUGAGUGGGGUUGACCUGCGCUACACCAACAGCAAGACCUGGGAGUUUGUGAGGCACGACUGGAAGGUAAGGGCUUCCUGACCAUGUGACCUUACCACUCUAGGCCUACUUAUAUAUACGUUUAGAACUUCUUUAAAUGGUGCCUCAAUGGUGUGUCCUUACAAAUACUUGAUGGUGUGUGUGUGUGUGUGUCUGUGUGUGUGUUCCAGGUGCAAUGGGAACCUGAGUCUGAGCCCACUAAGCACUGCUCCCAGAUGCUGGUGAAACAUGCCCUGACGGUGUUUGGUCGCCACUGGCCUCUGAUGGACAUGGAUGUAGUGGCUCGACAGGUACAGAUGAUCGCAGACAGACAGACAGACAGACAGACAGACAGAGAGGCAGGCAGACAAACAGACAGACUAGAUAGUGUUCAGAAAAUGGUGACCCUGAGUUACUGAAUUCAGUCAUAAAACACAGCUGAAGUCAUCAUUGUCAACAAGUGUGUCAGCCAAGGCCACCCAGUGCCAAGACUGCUCUUGGUUUUAGCCUCUCCGUCAGCUAAGAUAUAUAUCACCGUCUCAAAGGAACAAACUGACCAUUCAGACAGCUUUGUCACCUCUUGUUUUCGCUUCACUGCUUUGGAUUUGUGUACAUGGCUGCUUCCAAACGAGCUGCCUCAGUCACUAUGGUGAUGUUGAACAGGCCCUUUGGCAGUGUGGAGACGACCUAUAACUCUGUCUUAGGUCAACUGGGGUUGGACAGAGUGGUGCCUGGCUGCUGUAGAGACAGAACAUAGAAUAGUAUCCAAACUCUCAUCAUAGAAGGCAAUUAACAUUCACCUUAGUAUCAAUAACAGUGUUUCAGUCUGAUGUGUCCAGCACUAUAAGCCAACAAAAUUUUUUAUGGAUGGUCCAUUUAGUUCUGCCCAGGAUUUUGUAUACACUAUAUUUAGUACAUGCGCAUGAUGUGUACAUGUCAAUAAUAUAUGUCUGUGUGUUCCAGGUUGGUCCAGGGGUGGUGUUCCUGCUGUUCGACCACAGUUUCCUGGGUCAGGGUGUGAUCAUGCACUGUGUGACGCCUGUGGAGCCUCUACUGCAGUGUGUGUCCCACACCAUCUUCUACCAGAGCAACAUCCCGCCACUGGUGCCCAAGUUCAUCCUGAGGGCAGAGUGCAUCCAGGUACCAUGUAUCCCCGCCAUGUUGCCCAGCUUACUCCUGCCCUCAGACUCUCGUACACACGUUAUAACGCACAGGAAUUGUACUGUACAGCCAACGAUCAAACUGUUCUCACUGUGAUACAUCAUAUUACAAACACCACGAAUAUCAUGCAUGUCAAUUCAUACACAUUAUUAGUAUCCUUAAUAAUAUUCAAUUUAUCAUAAUCUGGUGAAUAUACAGGAUGGUAGAAUAUAUGGUAGACUUUGAAAUGUGACUUUUAAAAAGUCACUAAUUUGCCUUUUUUUUUGCUUUUUAUGUGAACAUUCUUGUCAGAUUGAUCACUACUUAUUUCAGGUUUUGAUGUAACUAACCCCUUGUUGUUCUGACUGGUUUGUGUCCCAGUUUGAGCGGGACGUGAUGAUCUGGAACAAUAAGAAGUACAUCUCUAAGCCCCUGCUGGUGAAGGAGGAUUCUGCCAUCCAGAAACACAGGCGCUGGUUCAGCCAGUUUUACAGUGACAACAGCCCUCGCCUGCGCUACCAGCACAACACGAUGGACUUCUAA